ACAAACUAAAUUAGGGGAACCAAAGUUCUGCAUAAAAGGACGAGAUCACUUAAAAGCUGUUCUAUAAAAAUGGGUUUUAAGAAGUGAUUCAAAAGAUGUCACUGAUUCUGCAGCCUGAUCCUCUCCGGUAGGUCCAAAACUAACCAUCUCCACCAGUUACCUGCAGCACCUGAACGCAACUUCAGUCCGGACCCGCCCUCUUUCCGGCGACCCCAGCCUGUGAUUGAUCCAGCGCUUCAUUACUCACUCCUGUGAAUGGGCCACUCCACAAAGCGAGGCAUGUCUCCUCUUAGCCAAUCACAGCUCCGCAUUGCGAUGACGCCGUGGGAUUCCGCGAAAUUGUUUCUCGGAGUUGAGAGAAUUGCAGCCCACAGUAAAACAGGACAACUUGACGCAUGUGGUGGGAGGGCAGAGCCGGACGUUCCCAACGAGGCGCGCAGCUCGGUUCACUUUGUGUUUUAUCGAUCUGGCAUUUGGAAACAGAAAAGGACCCGGAUGGAGAGAGGAAGAAAUUCAAACUAAUAUCUUUGCUGUCGGGGUGUUUAUCCGCGCCCUGCAACCCCCACAAGAACACGCAGCCUGUGCGUAAUAGUCACAUGGAAGACGACACGUGUGGACGCCUACCCGCAUGUCCCCCUGGAUGACUGCGGCCGAAUGACUUCAGAGCGUCCUUAUUGCCUGCUUGUGUUCUGGAAUAGCCUCUACAGCUCCGUGUCAUUGUUCUCCAUCCGGACCUGCUGUCGUGAUGUCAGAGGUGGAUGUCUCUGCAGACUGUGACCUCAGCCGACCACCGGGGCGCACAGAGGACACGCUGAAAGACAACCAGGAGAACCGGACUUUAAUGAUGGUGGCGAUGAUUUUACUGGACUUGAAUCAAUGCAAUCCACACGCUGUCGGCCCCGGAGACGGCAGACUCCUCGGGGGCAGCGACGCGGGCACGCUGGAUAAGGUGGAGCGGGGAAGUGUCCGGUCCAACGCCGCCGGGGGCAGCCGGGGACAGGCUGCAACCAAACGGUCCUCCCGGAGCAAGAAGCCGGGGGCGAGGCAGGAGUUUCCAGAGAAGAGGCACUGCUGUCCUUUUACCGGCUGCGGGAAGAUGUACGGCAAGUCGUCCCACCUCAAAGCCCACCUGAGGGUCCAUACGGGUGAGCGCCCGUUCGAGUGUACCUGGUCAAACUGUGGAAAGAAGUUCUCCAGAUCGGACGAGCUGACGCGUCACUUCCGCACGCACACCGGCGAGAAGCGCUUCGUCUGUCCGAUGUGUGACAAGUGCUUCAUCCGGAGCGACCACCUGACCAAACACGCCCGGCGGCACGCGGGCUUCCAUCCCUGCAUGCUCCAGGGCGCCAGCGCAGCCAAGAGAUGCCGCUGCUCCGUGUCCCUUUCCUCGUGUGACUCUGGAGACCAAAGCCCUGUUGCGGUGUGAGACACACACACACACACCACACACACACACCACUAUACUUACAGGCUAUACAUACACAGACACACCCAUGAUACGGGUGGUGUUUGCACCUUUAUUAAGUCAACCAGCCAGACCACUAUUUUAAAAGUGUUUCUAUGCAUGUAACAAAGAAAUGUACAUUUGAAGCAGACUGUAAUCAACGAGGCCCUGAAGGGGACCCCUCUGGUUACCGGACGUCACCGGUAGCCAUGAGCGGGUUUCAUUGUCUUUAACACAGGCUCUACUUGCUUUGCAAUUUGGGAUUAUUUACUUUGUGUUGAGUGCGUUUUUUUCCCCUCGAAAAAUCUGACCUCCAUGAGGCAUUCGUGGACAUAAGUAUAUUGUUUUCAUUAACACUACAUGAGUUCACUUUACCUCGCAGACUUUUUUUUGCAGGUGAAGACGACAAGAAAACAAAUUACUUAGAUAUUCCUAGUUGUGGGAAUCGUCUUUUAGUAAAUAGUAUUUCACACAUGCUACAAACUUACUUGCCACUUCAGGACAGAGCAAAUGUACAGUAUAGUAGUGUCGCUAUGUAAAUAGAUUAAACAGAUGGAUGAUACCCUCUAAAUACUUUAGUUAUUAGAGUUAUAAGACAAAGCUAUAUUAUAGAGAAUUACAGAGCUUGGGUAUUUCAUUUUGCUUAUGGACUUAGAAAGUGAGGUAUACUGUGAACUUCUGGGUGUAGUUUGUUCAGUUGUUUCCUGUGUUCAAACUGUCGCAUCAUGAUAAAGUUGCAAAUAAUUGACCAGAAGCCAUAACCAAACCGCAGUUUAAUACAUUUACACCCCCCAUCGUUGCUUUUUCAGACGAGAAUUAUGUCAACGAUGCCGGGGAAAACAAAACAGGGUAAUGCCAUUAAAAGAUAACCUUUUACUUGCAUUGGAAAUACUUUUUGACGUUAAGAGCGUAAUGACUCAUGUUAAGUUAAAGGUUGUAAACUGUUAACGAGGAGGUCUGUGUCUUUUCGAAGGGUUUUGCAGCAGAGGGGAAUAUCUCCAUGCUGAACCUUUGGGAAUACUACCUGAAUGAGCAUCGACAGAUUCUUAAUGUUGGUAUUCAAUAAUACUUAGAAGAUCAACGACUGUCUUUUAUGCCAACAGUGCCAGUUGCUAUACAUAGAAACGCACUUUUGUUUACUCUGUAUCUGGACAGCAUUUUAUCAGGUAAUGUAACGCAUGGUCAUUUCAGUCACUAUUACACCCCCUAGUGGUGAUAUGGAAGCACAACAUUUCUCACAAAGUAAAAGGUUCGUUUUAAUUUAUGCCCUUUUUUUAGACACUGUUGAUUAUUUUGGAAUAAAUUCCAUGUAGCAUGUUUUUAUGCAUUUGUUUGGAACAAUUAAUUUUUUAUUUGUCUCUUCAACUUUUUAUAAUAUUAUUAAUGGUAGGAGGUCUUAUUCAUCCACUAUAGGAGCUAGAAACAUUGAUGUCAUACAUUUUCCUUUAUAAUACUUCCCACAUGAUGCAUUCAACUGUCCAGAUAGAGUAAAGCCCGUAGGACAAACACCACCUAUAUUUAUAAAGUUACAUUUAUUUUUUGGCAGAACUGUGAUAAGAUGUUGGUGCCUUUCAGGUUGAGCCCUCACUCUGACGCCAAUGCACCGCAAUCAGGGACGAUCAAUGCAGACCCCACAUUGUUGCAAUAGCUGUGUUAUGAUUAACGCUCAAAAGUUGUAACAUUAAAAUAUUUUUCUCUUUCUAAA